AUGGCAUUCUGUGUCUCGAAUCUUCCGCGACUGGCAGCAAUGGGUAACUUUUUGGGCUUUCGUUUUUCUCAUCACCGAUGACUUCGACAGUGCUCCGGGCACUCAGAUACGGACAUUCUGGGCAUGUUAUAAGUGCAAUGUUAAUAGGUUUCUCAAUUCGCGUCUGAUGUGUUAUUAGAGAAAUAAAGGAUGGGGAAAGCCCAUACUUUUGAAGUUGCAUCUCUCCACCGAAAUACGCUAUUCUAGCUUGAAACCUGAAACUUUUUCUUGCUCCUAGUAGCGUUCAGAGCUAUUUCGACGUCUGCGAUCAAUCAGAUUCGCAAUAAUUCUUAUUUACCGCUUCUCCUAAAAUUUCUUAACGUGGCUUUCAAUGCGGAAUCGAAUUAGGAUCAUUGAUUUUUGAGGCGCUUUCCGAAGACUAAUUGUUCGACUCAUUUUGAUUUAUUACCGCUUUCGGAUUAUGUAACUGGUUCAGAAAGUUUCAUAAACGAAUUAUGAGAUAAGUGAUGAGAUGGUAUAGCAUGUGUACCGCGACUCGGAAUUUCACCAAACGACAUUUCCGCUGUUACGCUGCGUGCCCUUUCCAACCUUCAUCAAUCAUCAAUAUUUAUUGGUUGUUUUAGUCAGAUGGAAUCGACUAGGCGGUGAAAAAAUUGCUUUUAUGAGCGGCACUAACACCGCCUUUGGCGAAAAAGAAGUCAAAACGUGUAGUCGAUUGAUUUGAAAGCAUGGUCUUACGGUCCUUCUCGCUCUUCCACAAGUAGAUCCCUAAGUUUCGCGGGUACGGGCACGGCGGAGAUGGUGGGGCUCGGGCACGGACACCGUGUACACUCUAGGGUAGCCUCGGCCGAUUGAGAGAGCUACCACUUCGAGUGAAGAAAUUACACGGAAUGGUCGCGUUUUUAAUUUUUUUUUUUUCUUUCAAUAAGUUACUCCACUUUCCUGUGCUCCCACAGCAAUAACAAUCAAUUGAAAUCGUGACCUAGAUUCGAAAGACGCUUCGCGAACGCACGCUGCGGAACAGCGGAAUGUCGUUCCGGGAAAUUUCAAGUCGUGGCACACAGACUAUAGCUAAUCCUUUUUUCUCGGUUUUGGGCCUUAUGUGACAUGAAGCUCAUUUUCUGUAAAUAAUUUCUAUUUCAAACUAAGUUCAAAAUAUCCUUGUAAGUUCGGAUCUUUUUUUCAAGGUUCUUCGAAAGCUCGACUGAAAAGGCAGCUAGUCUACGUCUUCGGGAUCCUAUUUUGCGCGAUAUCAAGGGCUAAGGUCGAAGGUAAUUUGUCUUUUUGUUUUCUACUUUCAGAAUAUUCAACAAGCAAACUCCAAAAGAAUUUUAAAAAAGUUACAACUCACUGGAAUUUUGAUAUGUUGUGCACUAGUGUUUCUAAAAUUUGACCGUUCGACCGAUUCGAUAGUUCAACUGAUUUGACCGGUUAUAACAUGUCAUUCUUGUGACCGUUCGUUUGACCGACCAGUUUCUCAAACGGUCAAUUUUCGAAACUAUCAUAUGCACCACAAAUUUUUGAAUAGAUUAAAAGGACAUUAUGUGAUGCUCAAAACGAAUUAAAAGUUUUAGCUCCCAAAAACCGAAAAUGGCCAAAUUCUGGUUUUUCAACUUUUUUCAAACAUAUUCAAGGUGCAAUAGCACAAUUUUGAUGAAUAAGAGGUCACAGAAUACUAGGAAAUGCAGUUGUGCAUGCAGUCUUGAGGGCUGCGUCAUAGCUAUAGACGCACCCCCAUUAUUUCAGUUUUCAAAAGAUAUAUUGAACUUCCUGCAAUCAAACCUAUUUUAUAAUGAACAUAGCUGAAAUUACUGACAUCACAAAGAGAACUACAGAAGACUCAGUACACAAAAUUUUCGAAAUCCGUCAAAAAUGGUUUUUUGAUAAUUAUAGACGCACUUUGGCCCAGGGCUCAUUUUUAACUUUUGUUGGAACUUUCGCCUUCUUGAUUUUAAACAAACACUAAAAAUAGUAUGAAGAAAGAAUUUUAAGUAAUUUUUAAUCAAGCAAUUUUAUUUUCAAAUCAUGCGAAAAGCGAAAAAAAAAAUCGAAAAAAAUGGUAAAAAAAGUUCGUCAUACUAGAGACAUCUUCGAAUUUUGUUUUCUGACGUGUAUGAAAACAAGAUUUUCAGUUUGAUGUUUCCAGGGGCAUGUUGCAAAAGGGCUAUAACUGCAUAUAAAUCUGGAGAAGCCUUCCCGCCAGAGUGCGAAGAUGGCUCAGUCAAAUGCACAGAGGAACCGAUUUUUCUGGAAAAUCCUUCUUCUGCUUCAUUAAUUAUGAAUUUUUUGUGGAGAGCUACGAGAACUGGCUCCAUUACCAUCUUGGAUAACAAAAAUGUAGAAAUCCUGAUCUCGAAUUUGGAAGAAAUUGUUCAUAAUGGCCAAGGUAAGGCUUUUUUGAAAUUCGAAAAACACAAAAUAAUUCAGUAAUCCAUAAAAAUUAUUUAUUCAAUUAUUUCAAAAACCAUCCAUUUUUUCAUAAGUUCAUCGGGAAUGUCCUUUUUAAAAAGAGUUGGAAAAAUCUAAAAACCGUUGCUCCGUGACGUCAUGCUAUCUCUUUCUGACCGACUCUGGAACACACCAGUGAUCUGGCGUUGGCGCCAAGAGCCGCGUACGCAUACGCUACGCGUCCCUCUUCCUCUCUACAAGAAACGUGCACGGUGCGAGCACUGAUUUUGCACUUUUUGCUGCACGGUGCAUGUUGUAGUUUUGCACCUCGCAGUUUUGGGUCUUUUUUAGUGCGGGUGUGGUGCAACACCGCACGGUGCUGACACUCUGAACCACAAAACUAAACAUGCUUUGCUACUCAACUUAGGCCUUUUCUUUCUCCAUCAUCCGAUUUUUUUAACGAAAAAAAAAAUCAUUACAAAAACGAAAAAAAAAAAAAAUUACAUGUAGAACUGAGAGAAAUGGGCUGAAUUGAGGAGAUUUCGGAUACCCAAUUUUCUGAUUCGGAGUGUCAGCACCUUGCGGUGUUGCACCACAUGCGCACUGAGAAAGACCCGAAAGUCCGAGGUGCAAAAGGACAACAUUCACCGUGCAGCAAAAAAGUGCAAAAUCAGUGCUCGCACCGUUCACGCUCCUUGUAGAGCUGCCCCGCCUCCCUUGCCUUUCAAGUCGGGGAAAAUUGACUAUAAAACCGAUCUUGUGCUAAAAAUAACUGUUUUUCAAAAAAAAAAACUGGAAAGAUGCAAUUUUUCGUUUUUUAAAAGUAUUCAUUCCAGUUGAAAUGGAAACUCCGCAUUUUCAAAGUCAUUUUGCAGGUCCAGCUGUUUAUUUGAGGAAUCCCAAGUUUUUUGGCGAAACUUUCGGCAAAUUGAUUAAAAUAACAGUGCCAAAUCCGCAUAUGUUCUGCAAAAAUCAUGAUCUCCUGCGCCUGGAAAACGUAACGGCAGAAGUCAGGAACCGGCUGGAAAAAGUUGCCAACGAGGUGAAUUUAAAAACCGAAAUAAAACUAGAUAUCAAGAAAAAAAAACGUAUUAAUGCCUCAUAAUGCAUAGAAAGAGUGAUCAGAAACAAGAAAAAUUAUCUGCCAAACCCCAUAGCCUCAAAUUUUAAUUUUUCGGGUGAUUUUGAUUUCUGUCGAGCCAUUUUUUCAUUGUUUCUUAUAGACAAACAAACAUUGAAAUUAGGAAUAAUUGAUCAAUCUGAUUUUAUUUUUUCAAAACUGAACAGAAGAAAAACGUUAAUUUAAUUGCUUUCAAAUGGAUUUCUUAGAAGAGUUUUUUUUUUUAGAAUUCAAUGGAUUUUAGCAGAUAAUCUCACUUGUUUCCUAAUGCUCUUACCCCGGUCUAUCACACACAGAAGAUUAAAUUCGAUACCCGUCUCCAAGUCUGAGUUGUUGCUCAGUGAUAAAAACAAAUGUACUGAGAAAUGAAAUUUCAAACUUGCUUCAGUUUUUUUUCCUGGUGUAAUGGUAUUUUUUUUUCCAAACCUUCUCAUGUAUCCAUUAUGAUAAGAAUCUGUAUUCAAUCAAUUUUCUCCUUAAUAAAUCAAUUAUACUCAUGCCAGCUUCCAGUUAACUCAUGAUUCGUCAUCUUCAUUAUCUCAUUAUUUGUUUGUAUAUUUAUUAAUUAUCUUAUUUAUUCAACAGUUGACCAGUUGAAAUUUCAACCAAACUUUUUUGUUUGACGAUUGUGCGGAUCAACGUUUGAGCAGGCGCCUGCAGGUCUACAAAGUACUUGAUUUGAGCCUUGAAAAUUGCCAUCAUAAACGAAAAAAAAAAUCGAAAAACAUUUCUAAUUUCAAAAGUAUUCAGACGUUGGCCGUGUGUAACACUAUGACAACACCAACGACGACAUCAAACGACACCGCCGUGAUCCCGCCGCAUCGCGUUCAGAGCGUGGCUUCCGCCGUCGCCUCAGCCUCGCAAGGAGAAAAAGACUGUCCUAGCAACAGUAACUUCCUUUGCGGGUUUUCAAUGAUGAACCGAAUUCCAGAGGGCCUUUUGAUAGUGUGCGCAGUUGUCGCUAAUGUACUUCUGUUCCUCCUGGCGAUUUCGGUGUAUAUAGCACUCAGGAUUCACUUAUUCAAGAAAAAUGAGGACGCUGUAAAUGGUGAUUAUAGUAUCUAAUUUAAAUGGCGAAAAUUCAAACAAAAAAAUAAAUUUGACUAGAAUCCCCUCAUGGUUGGGAAUUAUUUCAACGAUCUUGGCCGGAAUAUCCCUCUAUGUCGCGUAAAUCAACGACCUCUUUGGAUUUUUAAACUUAAAAACGAGUCAUCUCGAAAACUAAGAAAAUUGUUCAGAAUUUCAGAUCUUUAGCCUCAGAAAUUAUUCGAGUCCAUUUCCAAAAAAAAUCCUUACAUCUUAUUUGAAUGACCGUCUUCGUUAAUCGUAUGAAUAUAUAGUGCCGCGUGGUAAAGAAAAAUUUCACAGAAACAGAUAGAAAUAAGAAAGAGACAACUAAAAUGUAAUCGGAAAAUGUUUAGCGAAUGAAUUUUUCUUUCAAUUCUAAAAUUUUAUAAAAGAAUUAGAUUUCUCAGAAAAUGUAAUCUUGAUACAUAUUCAGUUUCUUGAAUAAUAAUUUUUUCAAUUAUUUCUAUUCGACCUUUGAUUUUUCUGAAAAGUAUGGGAGCUUUGAAUUCGUACAGGCAGCUUUUUUGCAAAAACUUUCUUAUGUCUGUACUUCACUCAGAAAAGAGCGGACAAGAAAAAUGUUUAGAUUUUUUUUUCGUCAGGAUUCUGUGCCUAUUUAGUGAGAAAAAAAAUUAUUUUCCAUUGACGUGAAAAUUUUCAUUUUUGUAAGUUAAUUGCUUGCUAAACACAACGACAUUUGUGUUAAACUGUUCAUUUAGGCUGGAAUGAACAUUUUUGAGGGAUUUAGUCUCAAUUCGUUAAAGUUUGGUGAAACAAUCGGAGCAUUCUAAGCGUUUACCCAUUCCGUUUGGUGCUUCCACUCUCCUACAUAUUUUAGGGUGCAAACUAAAUGAGUUCCAAGCUCGGCUGAAAGAGAUAUUUUUCAGAGUCAACAGAGCGACCCACUGAAAUCAAUGCUCUGCCGAGCCCCGUUCAUAAUGCGGCGCAUCCAAAUGAGAAUCUCCCGAAUCCUCAGAAAACACAGAUCCCUACCGCUCCGAAAACGUCGGAAAAGAAACACUCGAAGGACAAAAGAUCAAAGACGGCCUAA